AUGGAAGGACAAGAGAUUGGCGGGAGAUUCCCGGGGUCGCCUCCAGGCGAAAACUCCCAGGCCACGGCCUCGCACCAUGAAAAGCGGUCUGCAACAGCCGCCACUGCUGCUGUACCUCAGUCUGAGCCUUGCAUCACUGCGGAAGAGAGUGGUAGGAGCGUCAAAGGCGAUAACAAAAGCAUGCGACAGCCGGCUUGGCGACUCCCUUGUGGGUCUAAUAAGGAGGCACUGUACUCCCUUCGCUCUGUAACGGCUUUUCCGCAACCGUUCGCUGCACCUCCUCCUCUUUUUUCUCCUGGAUGCCAUGUUCUCCAGCGCGUCGCAGAGUGCCGUGUCUUGGUAGUGGGAGCCGGCGGCCUUGGCUGCGAGUUGUUGAAAACCCUGUGCGUAAGCGGCUUCCGGGACCUGGCUGUGCUUGACUUAGACGUCGUGGCCGUUUCCAACUUGCAUCGCCAGUUCCUUUUCAGAGAGGAACACGUGGGGAAGUUCAAGGCGGCUGUAGCAGCUGAAGUCCUCAAUACCCGCUUCGCUCACCUCGGAGUCCGCAUUGAGCCACACUGCUGCAGGCUGCAGGACAAGCCUCUCUCUUUCUUCCGUGGCUUUGGUGUCGUUAUUGGAGGCCUCGACUGUGUUGAAACACGACGUUGGCUUAACAGUCGCAUGCAUCAGCUGGUUGAACGAGACAGCAUGGGGGCUAUUUCGAUGGAAACAGCACCACUUCUCUUGGAUGGAGGCACUGAGGGCUUGCGCGGCCAAAUGCGAUUUUGUAUCCCUGGGGUAACGGCAUGUUAUGAAUGCGGAAUAGGAACCCUCGCCCUCCAGGCGGCUUACCCCCUUUGCACGAUCGCCACCACUCCCCGGCAGCCCGAGCACUGCGUUGAGUACUGUCUAGUGGUCCAGUGGGUUAAGGAGCAUCCGGAUGAGCAGAUAGAUCUGGACAACCCCGAUCACCUUUCAUGGCUUUUUGCAGCCUCAAAGAGCCGGGCGGAGAAGUUUGGCAUUGAGGGAGUUACUUACAGGCUUACAACUGGGGUUGCUAAGCGGAUUGUUCCCGCGGUUUCGAGCACAAACGCCAUCGUCGCGGCCUUGCUGGUGCAGGAGGCUUUCCGCUUCAAAACCUUCUGCUGCUGCAGCGCCGCUGACCGGAGCGAUGAUGGCGAGCUAGAAAAUUAUAUCAUGUACUCGGGAGACGCACAGACGUAUAUGCACACGUUCGCUCUCGAACGGAACCCAGUAAGGCACAGAACACCGCAUUUGAGGGACGCAGCCCUGUGUGAUCGGUACCCCGAAGUUUUGCUUUCCAAGCUGGACGCUGGCGCGACUUUUAGAGGAGUUGCAGAAGCAGGCCCAUUUAAACAAGCCGUCCAUUCGGGGGCCACAGGUGCUCCACAAGAUUCCUUGUCUGCCAGGCUCAUCCACCAGUUAGACCCCUUGAGCAGAGCCAACAACAGUGCAGCUUAG